GUCGUUGCUGAGGGGAGGAGGAGGAGGGGCCACCAUCUUUAUUUCUUUGUUUCAAACCCUUCAAACUCGCUAUUAUUUUCCUUGUUUCAUGAUCGAAGAACUACCCCUUCGGGCGGGUAGCCCUUGUUGAUAUACGGGACAGUUGUGUAAAGACCCUUGGCUGGCGGGGAAGGGCUCAGGCGGCGGGAGCGAGAGGAGGCGGCCACCGGGAGAAUGAAGCGGCGGAAUGCGGACUGCAGUAAACUCCGGCGACCGUUGAAACGGAACCGAAUAACGGAGGGCAUUUACGGCAGCACUUUCUUGUACCUGAAGUUCCUGGUCGUCUGGGCCCUAGUAUUACUGGCAGACUUCGUCCUGGAGUUCAGAUUUGAAUACCUGUGGCCAUUUUGGCUAUUCAUCAGGAGCGUAUAUGAUUCUUUCAGAUACCAAGGCUUGGCCUUCUCAGUAUUUUUUGUGUGUGUAGCAUUUACAUCUGAUAUAAUAUGUCUCCUAUUUAUACCAGUUCAGUGGCUGUUUUUUGCAGCCAGUACCUAUGUGUGGGUGCAGUAUGUUUGGCACACAGAAAGAGGAGUAUGUUUACCAACAGUUUCGUUGUGGAUACUCUUUGUUUAUAUUGAAGCAGCAAUUAGAUUUAAAGAUCUGAAGAACUUUCAUGUAGAUCUCUGUCGACCGUUUGCUGCACACUGUAUUGGUUAUCCUGUGGUCACGCUGGGCUUUGGGUUUAAAAGCUACGUCAGUUAUAAAAUGCGGCUAAGAAAGCAAAAGGAGGUUCAGAAAGAGAAUGAGUUUUAUAUGCAGCUCCUGCAGCAAGCACUUCCUCCAGAGCAGCAGAUGUUACAGAGACAAGAAAGAGAAGCAGAGGAAGCAGCCAAGGGUUUAUCAGAAAUGGAUUCUUCAAUACUGUUACAACACAACGGAGGACUUUCUUCAAAUAAAAAAAUCCCCAGCACGUUACCAGAACUGGAGUACAAAGAAAAGGGCAAAGACAAAGAUGUUAAAAGACAUAAUUUGGGUAUUAAUAACAACAUACUGCAGCCCACAGACUCUAAAGUACAAGAGAUUGAAUAUAUGGAAAACCAUAUCAACAGCAAGCGACUGAAUAAUGAUUUAGGCAGCACAGAGAACCUCUUAAAGGAGGACCCGUGCUCCACUUCCUCCAAGAACUACAAGAACACAACUGGGACAGCAAAUUCAUCUCCUCGCAGUCACAGUGCAAGCAAUGGGAGCAUUCCCUCAUCAUCAAACAAAAAUGACAAGAAGAAAUGCACUAGUAAAAGCCCAACCACGCACAAAGAUCCCACAGAGAAUUGCAUCCCAAAUAACCAGCUCAGCAAACCAGAUACAUUAUUAAGGUUGGAGCAAGAUGUUAAAAAAUUAAAAGCAGAUCUGCAGGGAAGCAGGCAGAUUGAACAGGAUCUGCGGAGCCAGAUCGGAGUAUUAACAAACACAGAGAGGGGUAUUAGGAAUGAAAUGGGACAGCUCAGGCAGGAGAAUGAGCUGCUACAGAAUAAGUUACACAAUGCAGUACAAAUGAAGCAAAAGGACAAGCAGACAAUUAGUCAGCUGGAGAAGAAGCUGAAAGCAGAGCAGGAGGCACGGGCAUUUGUAGAAAAACAGCUUAUGGAAGAAAAAAAAAGGAAGAAAUUAGAAGAAGCCACUGCAGCCAGAGCUGUGGCGUUUGCUGCAGCAAGCAGAGGUGAAUGUACAGAAACCUUACGGAGUAGAAUUCGAGAUCUGGAGAGUGAAUGUAAAAAAUUAUCAAUAGAUAUGAAACUAAAGGAAGACCAGAUAAGGGAACUGGAGAUAAAAGUUCAGGAUUUGCGAAAGUACAAGGAAAACGAAAAGGAUACAGAGGUAUUAAUGUCAGCACUUUCAGCAAUGCAAGAUAAAACACAGCACUUGGAAAACAGCCUCAGUGCAGAGACAAGAAUCAAGCUGGAUUUGUUUUCUGCAUUAGGAGAUGCAAAAAGACAGCUAGAGAUUGCCCAAGGACAAAUCAUUCAGAAGGAUCAAGAAAUCAAAGACCUCAAACAGAAGAUUGCAGAAGUAAUGGCUGUAAUGCCCAGCAUUGCAUACACUGCAGGGACAAGCACCCUAAGCCCCGUCUCCCCACACUAUUCUUCCAAGUUUGUGGAGACUAGCUCAUCUGGGCUGGACCCCAAUGCAUCAGUUUACCAGCCACUCAAGAAAUAAACUCCAUGAGCCUAAA